UUUCAUUUCAGAAAUGUCAAAUCUUUUUCACAACGGAUCAAAUUUUCAAAAAAAUUCAAACCCAAAACUUUUUAAAUAUUGCACAUUGCCGCUCUACCCGUUGUUUUUAUAGCCUCUUCUAUUUUCAUUUUUCCUUUUUCUUUUAAUUUUUUUUAAAUUUCAUUUUCUAAAAAUUUCCCUAAAACUCACACUUCAAGACUGUGUCAGUACACUGUAAUACUGUUAAAAAAAACCCAUAAAUUAAAAUAAAUCAAAUUAAUUAAAAUAAAUCAAAUAAAUAAUAAAAAUAAAAACGUUUGAAAUUUGAAAAAAUUCCAGCCUCCCUCUUCUCUUUCACUUAUACCCGCGCUCCUUCCUCCUUAAACCUCCUUCCCAUUUUUUCUCUCUCCUCACAAACCCUUCUCUUUCUCUCUCUUCUCACUCAAUUUUGGGAGCAACCCAGAUCCUAAUUCUUUCAAAUAGAACAAAAUAAAUGGAGUCAUUGCCAGAUGCCAUUGUUCAAUACAUAUUGUCUCACCUAAACAAUGCCAAAGAUGUGACAUCUUGUAUCUCAGUCUCAAAGAGAUGGAAAGAGUCUAUGCCAUUUAUUCGAAGCCUGUACUUUCCUCGAAACGUUUUCGAUACGUCCUCAAUGAGAGAUUGUGACGAUACCAACCCUGAUGAAAUCAUAUUGAAAAUUGUAAUGAUGGUAGUUCGAUUAGAGGAGCUUGUUGUAUACUGUCCUUUCUCUAGUUCAGGGCUAGCAGCUUGGCUCAAUGUAGCUAAUAAGUCCCUUAGACAUCUCGAGCUUCGAAUGGAUAGCCUUUCGGAACAUCAAAUUAGUCCAGAGAAUUCGUCGAGUAAAUUAGAUUGUCUCGGUAUUGCAAAGAAUUUAGAAUCCUUAAGGUUGUGGGGUGUGAUGAUGACCCAAUCACCUAAAUGGGAGACUUUCCAUUAUCUUCGAAAUCUUGAAAUUGUUGGGGCAAGAAUGGAGGAUCAUACGUUGGUAGAUGCACUUCAUUUGUGUCCUAAUUUGAAUCGAUUAUUGCUUCUUGGUUGCGAGGGAAUUCGGUCUGUUUCGAUUAAUAUGAAAGAGUUAGAGGAGUGUAAAUUGGACUUCUAUGGUGCUGGAAACAAUUCCCUCACCAUUUCUUGUCCAAAGUUAAUCAGCCUUGAGAUUCAAGGGUGUGGUUGGAUGAGGGUUCGGGACACUCAAUGCCUUCGAAAUCUUUCGAUUUCCAACAGUGGAGGAAAAGUGUACUUGGUUGAUUUUAGUAAGCUUGUGGCACUCGAAACCCUGUCGUUGAGGGGUGUUCAAUGGUGUUGGGAUGCCAUAAGCAAGAUGCUUCAAUGGGCUUCUGAAGUGAAGUAUCUUUACAUGAAGGUUGAAUUUACUGGGGACUUUGAAAACCUUCUGCCCUUCCCUGAGAUCGAUUUUGUUGAGUUCUUUAAUGCUCAUCCAAAGCUCCAAAAGUUUGAUAUCCAUGGAGCUAUGUUUGCUGCAUUAUGUCAGAAAAAUAGCUUGAAAAGUGUCGAUUCGAAGUUUUCAAUUCCAUGUUUGGAAGAGAUUGUACUAACUGUAAGAUCACCAUUGAAUGCUGAACAGAAAAUGAGUACUCUUGAGUCAUUUGUGAAGUAUGCGCGAAACCUUAAGAAGAUGGUAAUAAAGAUUCUUCAGAUGAAGAGUAGCCAUAGCAGCACAGACGAUUUCUUUGAGGAUAUCUGUAGGUUUAAAUACAUGAAUCGAAAAAUUGUUCGAAUAGAAUAACAAGGAAGAAGUGAUUCAACUCUCUUCCUCUCUUUCCCUUUACGUGGUAUUCCCACAUCAUUUGUUGUUUCAUCUAGAACUUCAUCAAUUUUAACUGAUAAACUGUAUCCUCAUUAUUUUUAACAGAUAAAUGUAUCAAUUCCCUUCCAUUUGAACUGUUUUUGUUGUCUAGACUCUCUG